AUGGCUCCCAACUCCAAGCGCCGCUUUUCUCUUAGCGCCCUCUCUCCCGCAAACAGGAGAUACAACAAGGUCAUGAACGAGCGAUCAGAUAACCGUCGAUCUAUCGAUAGUACAGCUAGUCGCUCGACUCUGGGUGGAAUGCCAGUCGUUGAGGUUGAGAAUUACCUCAUUGAUCCUGCGUAUCGCUGGACAACUGCGAAUCGCAAUUAA